UUAUAUUCUUUGUUUUGUGCUCCUCUCUAGAUUCUUCUCUGAUUGGGUACAGCUACUGUCCUGAAGUGGGUGCAGUCCUACAACGGACACACGACAACAAGCUUUUCAACUUUACAGAUGGCGAUUAUAUAUGCAAGUUGUAUAAUGGUAGAUUACUAAGUGCAAAAGCUUACCUGAGCAAUUGCGCGUUAACAUUGCUCGGUGCCAACCGUGUAGCCUGGAUCGACCAGUUUCGUGUUGGAUCAAAGAAUUCUGAAGCAUACGUCACGCAAAAACCAGGCGCACACUCUUCCACUCGUUACUUGUACAAAUCAGUAUACGUAACAUGCGAAAUACCUUGUCAACGUACGACUGGAGACAGAAUAACUAGUAUUUCAGAGAACGGUACUGUCACGUGUGAACGUGGUUAUGAAUACCUUCAUGCACAACCAGUGUGCAGUAAUGCAACUACGCAAAUCCAUACCUGCACCGCUGUACAAUGUAUCAUACCUACUAUUGAUAACGGGACUAGUGACAAGACGAGCAUGAUCUCGUUGUGGGAAACUGUUACGUUUUCCUGCACUCAACAUAAUCAAGGGAUCGUUGGUAAUGCCGCGCCACAUUGCCAGGCUGACAGACAACUGUCUUCCAUACCUCACUGCGAUUACCUGAACUGCAGUGUUCCUGCGAUAGCGAACGCCACCUCGAAUGCAUCAGUAUUGCAAGCUGAAGAGUCUACUGAGUAUGCAUGCAACGUGGGAUAUUUCCUGAGGGGCAAUGCCACGGCUAUAUGCAAUGGUAACAACGGCAGUUUGAGUUUCAUGCAAGAGCCCACGUGUCAUUAUUUCAACUGCCUUGUUCCUGGGAUACCGAAUGGCAGGCCAAGUGCCUCAGAAUUGAACGCUAAUGAAUCUGCCGUGUAUUCAUGCAACACCGGGUACUUCCUGUUGGGCAAUCCUUCGAUUACUUGUCAUGGCUUUGGUCGCUUGAGUACCAGUGAAAUGCCGUCAUGCCAUCCUUCACCACCGACCGAAUACCGUUAUUGCAAGCCAACUAAUAGUAUAAUUGUGUCAUCAUACAACUGGCUGAACUACAGUUCUGCAAGCCAGCUCUGCAGACUGUAUGCGGGAAUGAUUAUUUCCACACAGUCGGUUCUUGAUGGGUGCGCCGAUCGCCACUUGAAGCUUCCCCUCUAUGCCUGGAUGGGCUUGCCGGCCAGCACUAAGGCCUCAGCCAUAAGUUUUCAUGAAUAUCCUUUAUCGACGACGAUGUACGCUACAUGCGAAAUACCUUGCUUACCAAAGCGAUACGAUCAAAUGCAAUCUACCGCGAUGCCUAGCAAUAUCAGUUGCCGAUAUGAUGAGCUGGGCAACAGCAAAGCUUGCGCGGCGGCCAAAGGAAGAACAAGCAUCAGCAUUCUAAGCCUCAUAACCAACUACUCAGUAAGCCUAGAGAUAUGCCGAUUCUAUAAUGGAUCCAUUCUCUCUGAGUCCUCGUUCCAAGCUGGAUGUGCUUGGGGCUUGACCAGUAGAGAUGUAAUUGCCUGGGUAGGCUCACCGGAUGCAACAGGCGAGUUGUCAGAUACUGCUGGUAAAAAGGUUGACCAAGCUGCUGGUCGCUAUGUCAUAUGCGAAAUACCUGUUAACUGCUCCAUCCCUACCAUUGUGAAUGGCUUUGCCAAUGGGUCUGAGAUUCAAUACACAGAUCGUGUUACAUAUUCCUGCCAGCGAGGUUAUGGUAUAGUGGGAGAUGCCACUCCAAUGUGCACAGAGCAUGGAAAUCUAUCCUCAGUCCCCUAUUGUAGUGUUGUUAACUGCUCCAUCCCUACCAUUGUGAAUGGCUCUGUCAGUGGGUCUGAGAUUCAAUACACAGAUCAUGUUACAUAUUCCUGCCGGCGAGGUUAUGGUAUAGUGGGAGAUGCCACUCCAAUGUGCACAGAGCAUGGAAAUCUAUCCUCAGUCCCCUAUUGUAGUGACACGAAAUGUCAGGUACCUGACAUUCUAAACGGCUCCAAUGACAAGGCAGUGAUAGUUGUUUCAUUCACUGUGACCUACUCAUGUAUUCCCGGUCUGAAGGUUAUCGGCGAUGCCACCCCACGCUGCAUCGGCAAUGGAACGCUUUCUUCGGUACCUCGCUGCGCACCCUUUAACUGCAGUUUACCAGAAAUUAUAAAUGGCACGGGUAAUGCUUCACUCUUGGAAUACGGCCAGGCUGCCCAGUAUUCUUGCAACAGCGGAUACUUUCUGCUUGGCUCUUCAAUAGUUACAUGCAAUGGCGAUGGCACCAAUAGCCCAAUUCCCUCGUGUCAUUCUUCAGCACUAACCGACUAUACUGUUUGCAAUUCCUCAGUAACGAUAAUAUCCUACAAUAAGCUCAGUUAUGGUUCAGCAAAAGCACUAUGCUUGAUGUAUAAUGGAACUAUUCUACCGGAUUCGUCGUUUGGCAAAGGAUGUGCCAGUCAGUACACAAAGCAACAACAGAUUGGAUGGAGAGGGCUGGCAACUGCAGAUAGCAAGGCAUUUGACACCGCCAAUGCAGCACAUGACCUGAACAGCAAGCUGUACGCUAUAUGCGAGAUACAUGUGAAAUGCAAUGUACCUGCUAUUGCCAAUGGGCAGGCUAACCUAAGUGUAGUGGCUGUCACACAGUCUGUGACCUACUCCUGCCCAAUCAGUCUGGUCCUCGAUGGUGAUAUGAACCCAACGUGCCAGGGCAAUGGAAACCUAACAUCAGUUCCUAGCUGUAUAAAGUUCGUCUGCACACCACCAGUAGUAUCAUUUGCUACUUCAAACGCUUCUUUCGUAGAAUACCUUGAAGCGGCGAAAUAUUCAUGUCAAAGUGGUUAUUUUUUGCUAGGCAACCCUAUCGUUACAUGCGAUGGCUACAAAAACAUGAGUCCGAAACUGUCAUGUCACCCUUUUACACCAACCAAUUACCGUUACUGUGGUUCAAUGACUAAGCAGUCUAUAGCAAUGUACGACCCCAUUCAAGUGGAUUACCAUUCAGCAGAUCAACUAUGCCGGCUGUACAACGGAUCAAUCAUUUCCAAUGAAUCCGUCAAUGCUGGAUGCACAAUGGGCCUGUCAAGUACGACUAUACAAGGGUGGUCAGGUACUCCCACAGAUACAGGCACAGCUAAGAUUGUCAACGGGGUUGAGGUUCCGCUGAACCAGACGUUCCCGGUUUUAUGCGAGAUACCCUGUGUCUCUUGGCGAGAAGCAUCGACAGCCGGUUCAGUACAGUGCCGAUAUCAUGAACUGACUGGAGCUAGACCAUGCACCGCAUCUAAAAGCAUUGCAAGAAUCAGCAUUGUUGGUCUCCAACUCGACUACAACACAUCGGUCGCCAUGUGCUCGUUCUAUAAAGGAAAAGUGCUCUCGCAGUCAUCGUUCCAAGCUGGAUGCGCCACUGGACUGGCAACUCAGGAGUAUGUAGCGUGGAGUGGACAGUACUUAAACGGGCAGGUUAUGACUACCGAAGGUGUGCUGCGGCUCUUCACUGACAAGUUUUACGUUAUUUGCGAAAUAGCUGGGGAUUGUAGUGUGCCAACCAUUGCUAACGGAGUUACUGACAGAACAGGGGUGGUCAGUGGAGCGGAACCUGUGGUCUUUUCAUGCGAUAGAGGUUUCAGGCUUGUGGGUGAUGCCAGACAGACUUGUUCACUUGGAGGUAAACUUACGUCUGUGCCUCGCUGUGAGGACGAUGAUGAAUGUAUGUCCAAACCAUGCCUGAACAACGCUACAUGCAUCAAUCAAGUGGGUGCAUUCCAAUGUCGCUGUAGAGCGGGUUUCACCGGUGAUAGAUGCCAGUCAUUGCUGGACUGCCCUGCUUUCCAGCGUCGUGAUAGCGGCGGAAUCUUCUGCGAGCCGUGCGCAUGCGAUCAACUAGGCUCGGAGUCGUGUGACAUGACAAACGGCACGUGCUACUGCAAGCCAAACAUUACGGGUAGUCUGUGCGAUCGCUGCAUUGACGACUACUACCAGCUUACGGGCAAGCUGAGUGGCUGUGCUGCCUGCUCCUGCGACUCUGCACGCACUGCCGUCGGCAACACCAGCUGUGACAGCAGGACGGGUAUCUGCAACUGUCUGCCGAACUUCAGCGGCCACCAGUGCCAGUACUGUUCGCUGGGCUACUUUGAUCUGAGUGCAGGCUGCCCGGCGUGCAGCUGUUCCGCCGAGGGCUCACUGCAUGCUGUGUGCGACCAGGCAAACAAUGGCCAGUGUGCGUGCAAGCCCGGCAGCAGCGGACUCGACUGUGCUCAGUGCCUGCCUGGAUUCUUCAAGCAGAACAGUACUUCCCAGUCGUGUGCUAAGUCCACAGACGGUCAGCCGUGUCAAGAUUGCCGUUGCUCUCCCGUUGGCUCUAAAAGCAGCGAGUGCAGCGUGACCAGCGGCGAAUGUUCGUGCCUACCUGGUUACACGGGACAGCGGUGUCAUGAGUGCACGGACGCCGCUCAAUACUACACCGAGCAAGCAGGCUGCCUAAACAUGAAUGAGUCUAUGCUGACACCGCUUGCGGAUACUCAGGUCAGCGGGGAUUCGUUCUCUCUCACCUACCCGGUGGUCUUUGGAUCCAGCUAUGCGGAGUACAGCAACGUUACGGUGUCGAGGAACGGAUUCAUGUCACUGGACGGAUCCACGGGCGGUUACAACCGUGUCGACCGUGUGGCCGACAGUAUUGCGCUUGUGGCACCGCUGUGGACUAACACUGCUACAGCCAGCCGGUGCAAUUCAGGUACGGUGACUAGCCAUGUUGUGAGCAACAGCACCGACUCAGCCACCUUCUCGCAGAUCCUUCAGGCAGUGAGGGCGUCCUCCAUUGGCAGUGAAGAGUUCACACCCAGCGAGGCGGUCGUCACCACCUGGCGUGAGAUGCGCGAGAAUGACACACACGACAGACGCAACACAUUCCAGGCAGCCAUCAUUGGUGACGAGUGUCAGACAUUCGCCCUGUUCUUCUACCCCAAGUAUGGUGUCAGCUGGCUGGGUAACCCCAAGGCUGUGGUGUCUGCAUGGCGUCCCGCGACUGGCAACAUCGAGCGCUACUUCAGCCCAGCCAGCGUAGCACGUCAGCUAGUCAUCAGGCUAACACCGGGCUGCAGCCAGCGUCUUCGCGGCAUCAAGAAAUGCCGUGCCCUUGUGGAGACUCCGUCCUACCUCCAGUCCACCGCCAAUCUCCUCCAGUGCCCGGCAGAGCAUGCAACGGCUUCUGUACUCGGCAUCUUUGAGCGACAGCCUGCAGUGUCUGGCAACUAUCUCUGCUACAGGUCAACCCCGGUCUCCAAUGGAUCACGCUACCAGGCUUCUUCGGUCUGCUGCUAUGGCAGUGACGGACUUCUGGUUGAUAGUGGUGCCCUUCAGGCAUACGAGACAUACCAAGUCACCGAUGCUUCCAUCCUGGCCUACUGCCAGCAGGGAGGCGUUCUGAACGAGUUCUUUGGCAAGCGCCGCUCGCCCAGAGCCACCACAAACAGAGUGGCGCUGUCUCAAGCUUCUGGAUUUGGUGACCCUCACUUGACCAACUUCAAGGGCGAGGACUUUGAUUUCCAUGGCAUUGGCGAGUAUCUGAUGGCAAGGUUUGCCACACCAGCAGCGUACAAUUUCUCCAUUUUCACCCGUCACGAAGUGGCGCCGGUUAAUGCACUCAACUUCACGUCUAUCACCCGCAUAGCCAUCAACCUCUGGAUCAGUAAGUUGCAGCAGAAUCUGAGCGUGGAGGUGUUUGCAUACAGCAACAACACCCUUGCCAUUGUCGGAGAUGAUCAGCUGGUGCAGAGUAUCCGCGCCGGCAACCAUACCUAUUUCAGACUGCACAGCGGCAGUCUUGUGAUGUCGUACGGCUCAAGCAGUGUGCAAGUCUCCGUUCAGCAAGCACCUGUCCUCUUCUUGGCCUUCCAAGUGGCGCAUGAUCCCUUCUCCACCGUGGAUGGUCUUCUCAACAUGUCUCGUCCCAGCGUUGAUCUGAGCAACUUGGCAAGUGUUCUGGCUGCAGCGGCAACUCUGCAAGUUCAGCCAGACCAUGAUGUGUUCACCUACGAUGACGCCACCACCUAUGCAACAUACAAUCCAGCUGGCGUGGUGCCCAACCAGGCUGUUGUCGACGUGCUGCACAUCAGCAGCGAGGCAAACGCCACUUGCAAUGGGGACUUCGCUUGCCUGGCCGACUUCAUCGCAACUGGCAGCACCACACUGGCCACAUCUACCCUCGUGACGAAGAAAGCUCUUCAGCAAUCCUCCAUUGCCGUGGCUCACAGUCCACCACUGAUAACAUUGUCUACUGAUGUCCUCAAUGCUAACUUCAAUGUAACCAGCAACGUGACUGUUCGUGCUGCUGCCGCGCUCACUCUUAACAUCUCGGUUAUCGAAGUGGCCACCUCCAGCGGGAUUGUCCCUGGUGAUCUGGUGUCGGCUUACUCCCCGCAGUCUGGAUUGGUGUUUAGCUGGACUCCCAGCCAGCGUCAGCCGAGCAGCAAUAUUGUGCUGCGCGUGCGUGCCGUUGACUCGGCCAACCAGGCAUCCAUCGUUACCGUGCCAAUCACCCUCUGCAGCUGUUUCGGAGAGUGCAGCGCUGCACCAGCCAUCACUGCUGUCUCAACACCCUUCACUCUACUUACAUGUACUGCAUGCUUGCCAGGUCAAACUGGCCGUAUUUGCGAGGGCGAUAUCGACGCUUGCCUGUCGCAGCCCUGCGGUGGACUGCGGCAAUGCUCGGACGAGCCCGCCCCGUCACUGGGCUACCGAUGCGGAGCAUGCGCAAGCGGUUUCCGCGACGGCGGUUCUUCCAACUUGUCCUGUGUGCCAAUGGACGAGUGCGCGGAGGGUGUUGCGGUGUGCGCACCCACAAUCAGCACUUGCCAGGAUCAGCUUGCCUCCUAUCACUGUCCUUGUGCAGUGGGAUAUACUGGUACUGGAAACAACAGCUGUGUCGAUGUGGACGAGUGUCAAGAUGCUCAGUUGAAUGACUGUGACCAUAAAUAUGCAACCUGCACCAACACCAGAGGAAGCUAUACGUGUGGUUGUAAGCGUGGAUUCCAGGGACCGGGUAUUAGCGCACAUGGAGGUUGCUAUGAUAUGAACCAGUGUUCAACAGGACAGCAUGACUGCGUGCCAGAGGCAGAGUGCUUGGACGACAACACUAUUGCUGGACAACACACAUGUACUUGCCCAGACAAGCAACUGCAGUCAUCGGACAGGAACUGCGAUGUGGCUCUGACAUCCCGUGUAUCCCCGGACACACCCGCUACUCAGAAGUUCCCAGUCGGCACUGCUAUCACCAUGACGUGCCUUUUCACCGGAUUUGCUCGCAAUGGCAUUUCCUGGACAUUGGCUUCCCGCUCCGUGCUUAAACGCUCGUCUGGCAUGUUCACUGUGGUGACUUCCGUCACUAACACCAGUGCAACAUCUACUCUUUCAUUCACUAUCGGUGCUAACAACCUGACCGGAGAGUACAGCUGCGUUGGUGGUAAUAGUCGUGGCAGCAGCACUCAGGCCUUCCUGCUUACCGUCACUCCAGAUGUAAGUGUAGCUUCCACCACCAUGGCACCUGCAAGCACAGCAGUACCCAGGAUCAAGGACAGCAGUACAAUCGACAUCAAGCCUACGCCCAAAGCAAACUAUGUAAGUGUAGCUCCCACCACCAUGGCCCCUGAAAACACCACCAUGGCCCCUGCAAACACUACAGUACCUGAAAGCACUGCAGUACCUGCUAGCACUGCAGUACCCAGGAGCGAGGACAGCAGUACAAUCACCAUCAAGCCUAAGGCCAAAGCUAAAUUACAAUCUCUGACGCUAAUGAUCACCAAUGCUACUUCGCUUUCCGUUGAGUCAACAUCAACCAGCUCGGCCGCCAUUGCCAGUGCAGGCGCGAAGAAGAAACGUAAGAGCACAGCAGCUCAGAAGAGUGGAGGCAACAACAACAGCAAAGACCGUACAACCUCCAGCAGCUCCACGAUCGUACGAUCAAGUUCAAACUCUGACCUCGAUGUAGAGGUUGAGGGCCUAUUGGCCGUAGAUCUACGUGCUGACCAGAGUCAGCGUGCCCCGGUCCCAGCCAAAACGAAAAUUCAAAUGCAGUCAAGUCGUGCUGACAGCAACAGAGUGCUGCAAUCUCUGACCAAAUUCGAAGACAUGUCAGAUUCAGAUGAUGGAUCGUGGCAGUUUGUCACUCCAAAGAAGCCUACGGAAAAGAACGGUGUAGUGUACGUGGGGCAGGCGAGUCGACGGAUGAAGGAUUGA